AUGGGUAGAGGCAGAGGGAAGGGAAAGAGGUUGACGGCGGUCAAAAGCCAUGACCCAGAGAGCGGUGGCGAGGAGGUUCUCCCGUCCUACAGGAGAAGAGGAAGGCCUCAGAAGCCAUUAAAGGAUGAUCUCGACAACGACGAGACUGGGAGGAUUGAAGAAGAAGAAGACGACGACGACGACGACGACGACGAUGUCAAAGGUGGUACUCCGAAGAAAGAGGCCAAGGGCUCUGCAUCAGCAGACAACGGGAAGAAGAGGAAGAGGCCCCCUCCAGUAAAGGACACCACGAGCUCAAUCCCAGAUGAAAUCGGAGCUAAGGGAGCGACCAGUUUUGAUGGCUCAUUGAGGUCCAGCGGUUUCCGCCAGAACGGAAGCCGGCGGAAGAACACCCCUCGACGCGCCGCCGAAGCAGGAGUGGAGUGCACAUGA